UCCCGGCACCACCUUCCCUCCUGAAAGGUCCCGGACCUUCUUCAUUGACUCUCUGAAAGUGUUUACCUUCAGAACACCUCAGAACACCGCUAUCCUGUGAGUUCCCGAAGCCAGUGGCAAGAUUUUGGAAGUCCCUUGUCUUCACAUUGCCGGGAUCAGCGUCUUGCUCAACUGAGCCACUCACCCAGUGGAGAUGGACAGAACUGUUGCCCUCAUGCUGACUCACGUCUGAAUCACAGCCCAGGGCAGCCUGGAUGCCUUGUUUGUGCAAAGACCCACCUCUAUCACUGAGCUUCCCCCAAGCUCUGGAAUAUACACAUCCCUCUGAACUUAGAGUUGCUCUAAUUUUGACGCCCAGGGCUUCUGGAGGUUUGAGUGGUGAUAUCUCACAAGUGUCCUUAUUCUAACUCCAGAGAUCCUUAGCAGACAGCUGGAUCGUCCAUCCACUCAGACCUGAAGUGGCCGGCAGCAUGCCGACGCAAUCCCUCCUCGUGUACAUGGACGGGCCGGAAGUCCUUGGCAGCUCUCUAGGUACCCAGAUGGAGGUGGAUGAUGCUGUACCCAUGAAGGGACCAGCUGUGGUCCCCUUCCGAGCUGCGCAGGAGAAGAGCUUGGCCACAGCUGAGGGACACAUGCCCCUGGACUGCAUGUUCUGCAGCCAGGUCUUCUCUCACGCAGAAGAUCUCAAUCAGCAUGUGCUCCUGCAGCACCGGCCCACCCUCUGUGAGCCGGCUGUGCUGCGUGUGGAGGCCGAGUACUUAAGCCCCCUGGACAAAGGUCAGGUGCCCACGGAACCACCAAAGGAGAAGAGCAGCAAAGAAACGGAAGAGCUGAGCUGUGAUGUGUGCGGACAGACAUUCCCAGUGGCUUUUGAUGUUGAGAGCCACAUGAAGAAACAUAAGGACUCCUUCACGUAUGGGUGCAGCAUGUGCGGGAGGAGAUUCAAGGAGCCUUGGUUCCUGAAGAACCACAUGCGGACACACAAUGGCAAGUCUGGCACCAGGAGCAAGCUGCAGCAGGGCACGGAGAGUCCAGUCACCAUCAACGAUGUGGUCCAGGCACAUGCCCCUGGGAACAUCUCCACUCCCUACAAGAUCUGCAUGGUCUGUGGCUUCCUCUUCCCAAAUAAGCAGAGCCUCAUUGAGCACAGCAAGGUUCAUGCCAAAGAAACUGUCCCUAGUGCCAGCAGCACAGCCCCUGAUGGCCACCAAGAGGAACCCACAUCCCCAAGGGAAGAGCUGCUGCAGUUUUUGAACUUGAGACCUAGAUCAACUGCAGAGAGUACAGUGAAGCCCAUGACCUCUAUACCUCAGCUUGACCCAUUCACCACCUACCAGGCAUGGCAGUUGGCUACCAAAGGCAAAGUGGCCGUUGCCCAAGAAGAGGUGAAAGAGUCAGGCCAAGAAGGAAGCACGGACAACGAUGAUUCGUGUUCAGAGAAAGAGGAACUUGGAGAAAUAUGGGUUGGGGGUAAGGUGGAAGGUUCUGGAAAGUCCAAAACAAAUAGAAGCAGUUGUUCAGGUCUCUCCCAAGACAAAGAUAAGUCUAGACAUGGUAACAGUGAAGUGCCUUCUGGGGACGCUGACUCCAAGUUGCCCGGCAGCAAGGAGAAGCCCACACACUGUUCGGAGUGCAGUAAAGCGUUCAGGACAUACCACCAGCUGGUCCUGCACUCGAGGGUGCACAGAAAGGACAGGAGGGCUGAUGCCCCAUCACCCACCAUGGCUGGGGAUGCCAGGCAGCCUGGGACCUGCUCCCCAGAACUCCGCACCACUCUGGAAGAGAGUGGGGCCGGGGACCGAGAAGGAGGCUCUGAAGAUGGGUCUGAGGAUGGGCUCCCUGAAGGGCUCCAUUUGGAUAAAAAUGAUGAUGGAGGAAAAGCAAAGCCCCUCACGUCCUCGAGAGAGUGUAGUUACUGUGGGAAGUUUUUCCGUUCAAACUAUUACCUCAAUAUUCAUCUCAGAACGCAUACAGGUGAAAAACCAUACAAAUGUGAAUUCUGUGAGUAUGCCGCAGCCCAGAAGACAUCUCUGAGGUACCACUUGGAGAGACACCACAAAGACAAGCAGCUGGGGGAUGCUCCUGCUGAGUCCAAAAGUGAAGGCCGAAGUCAGGAGCCGCAAGAUAUGCUACUAACGGCUGAUAGUGCACAGACCAAAAAUUUAAAGAGAUUUCUUGAUGGUGCCAAAGAUGUUAAGGGCAGCCCACCCGCCAAGCUACUUAAGGAGAUGCCUUCUGUCUUCCAGAGUGUUCUGGGCAGCACUGUUCUCUCACCAGCACACAACAAGGAUACUCAGGAUUUCCAUAAAAACGCAGCUGAUGGUGCCGAGAAAGUGCGAAAGAGUCCUGCGCCUGCUUAUCUGGACAUGCCGAGAAAGAAAACAGGGGAUCCCCGUGCCAGCAGCCCUGCCUGCAAACUAGAGGGGGUUGGGCCCUUAGCACGAGAAGCUGGCCACAGGGAGAAGAUGGAUCGGGAGGCUGACUACAGACAUAAGCCCGGUGCUGACUGCCAGGACAGGCCUUUGAAUCUAUCACUCGGGGCACUCCAUGCCUGUCCUGCAAUCUCUUUGAGCAAGUGUCUCAUCCCUAGCAUUGCCUGCCCAUUUUGUACUUUUAAAACCUUUUAUCCGGAAGUCCUUAUGAUGCACCAGAGACUUGAGCACAGGUACAACCCCGACACGCACAAGAACUGCAGCAGCAAGUCUGUGCUGAGGAACAGGCGGACAGGGUGCCCCCCUGCUUUGCUGGGGAAGGAUGUACCCCCCUUGUCUGGUCUGCACAAGCCCAAGGCCAAGCCUGCCUUCUCAUCACAGGCUAAGGCCCUGCACCCAGAGAAGGUUCGGCAGGGGACCUCAGGGCCAGGCAAAGCUCCCCAGACUUCAGGACCGGACAACAGCACUUUAGCCCCAAGUAACCUGAAGUCACACAGGUCACAGCCCAGUGCCGGGGGCCCCAGUGCCACCAGGCAGCAGCAGUCAGAGCUGUUUCCAAAAGGUGGCGUCGCUGCUGCUAUGGAUAAGGCGAAAAGACCUGAGCCCAAACUGAAGGCCCCCUCGGCUCCCCCGGCUCAGUCCCCCCUUAGCAGUGGUAAUGGCAACGGUUCUGCUGAGUGCCCAUGGGCGCAGCAAGGAAGAGACUACUACUGUCAACGGAAUGCUGGCAGUGCCACAUCAGAAUACAGUGAGCCACAUCCCAAAAGACUCAAGUCCCCUGUGGUGUCCCUGGACACAGAGCAUCCUGGGCCCAAUGGCAGAAGGGGCUUUGAGCUCCCCAAGUACCAUGUGGUCAGGAGCAUCACUUCCCUGUUACCACCAGAGUAUGUGUGCUCACCGCCUGUGCUGCCUCCCAAAGCCCGUUUCCUGAGCCCUGGGGAGGUGGAGUCGCCCAGUGUGUUGACUGUGCAGAAGCCCUACAGUGCCUCUGGACCCCUGUAUACCUGUGGCCCCGUGGGACAUGCAGGAGCCAGCCCAUCCCUUGAAGGAAAGAGGCCUGUGUCAUACCAGCACCUAUCUAACAGCAUGCUGCAAAGGAGAAACUGUGAGAAUUUUAUUGGAAAUACGCAUUACCGACCAAAUGACAAGAAGUCUUGAGUUCUCAUUCUUGGGCAAAGGUCCCUGGAUGCAAGAACACACUUUCCACGGAAUCACACUUUGGUUCAUCUUCUGAGAGCUCGUGAGGAUAGCUACUGAACAAGCUGUGACUGAAUUGUACAUAGACCCGCGAGGAGCAGAGAAGGAACACUACAUUCUCUAACGUCUGUUAACCUUUGUACCAAAUAGCAAUAAAAACUAGUGGGAGCAGUUGGGCUGUGCGCCAGGGGACUGCAAUCUAUUUUGUCCCUAAAUAUUUUUUUAAAGAAUUGACCAAAUAAGUUUUUUGCAUACUUGAGCUCGGCUGAAAAGAAAUCAUUUGGGUGGGGUGGGUGGGGUGGGGAGUGCUGUAAAGCUUGCACCUCAGGUAACUGUAAAUACCGACUGAUGUCGUCCUCGUGAACUUUCUUAAGUACUGUGUUUCUCUCCCUCAUGGAGCUCAAUGACUUGAGCAUUUUCUGCUUCUUUAUGCUUUUUCAUUUAAAACGUGUUUUAAAGCAUAUUCUCACUGAGUCUCUUGUCUGUCGAUGGAAGCAUUGACCCUCAGAAGAUGUGCUGUGCAGCCUGAGGUCAGCAGGCAUUAACCUGGUACCUUUACUACAGCUGUUAGAGCUCGUGUGUACAGGUUGUCCUCGAGCCCCAGCUGCUGCUCUGGGGAUGUCGUGGUGCUUUUGAGUGGGUGUUGCCUACAGAGAAGCUGCCUCUGUAGGGCGGCCAAUGUCUUGGACAAGUCAGGCUCCAUGGGGAGCUAUCUAAGUUCUUCUUUUCUUUUUGGAAGAUUGGGUUUCUCGGAGAGUUGCCUGAUUUAAGUCUAGAUAAAUAUGCCACAUCUCCUUGUGAGAAUUGCAUGCUGGGAAGCAGUUUUAAAGAGUGGAAAGUUUGGGGAAAUACUUUAGUUCGUAUUUGGAGUCUGACGUGUCUGGCGUUUGAGCAUGGGCACCUUGAGUGUGGGUGAGGACCUGCCAGCCGAGCCUCCUGGGAGGUGGGGAGAGAAGAUCGCUGGAGACACCGAGGCUCCCAUUGUUUCACAGGGUGACUUCCUCAGUGCACAGGCAGCUCGGGAUGGGAAGAGGAGCCACCAGCUGGCUCACGCGCAUUUAAACUUGAGUUCCUCUGAUGUCUGAGUUAGUCAGCAGUUCAUGGGUUCAGCAAACCCAAAAUAUUUUAUUAAGAAACUGUUUCAAAAAUAAAUUUGCACUGCUCGUUUUUCUUGCCCCACCCCUCUUGAUUGGACAAAAGGGUGAAGAGCUCAAAAACCUCGACUUCCCCCACUCCCCUUUCAUUGUGCACCAUGAGGGGCCCUUGGGAGAUGUCUUACCUCUGUGUUGAAUGGAGACCUACCUGGGUUGAGAUGUGCCUGCUCUUGCAGAAGUGCUUUCGUAUCAGGAACGUGUACACUAGGCCCUGUUCCCGUCCACAAGCUGAGCCAUAUGUACGUAAUCUAGACUGUUUUCUUAGGUCUGCACUUUCAUAGCCUAUUUUUUGAAGAUUAACACAUUUGCAGGGUGAUGACUCCAUCUUUGUCUGAAUGCAGUGAGUGUAAGAGGAAGCUCGCUCUCAGAGACUGUACAUGUGACUCUGGAGGGGUUAUACAGUCGGGGCCAAAAGUUAAAACCUGUAUUUAAAAAAAUAAUCACCAAAUCUAUUAGAAAACAAGUCUGUGUGAAAUGCUGAAAUGUCGGGGCUUUCAGAUUCCUCUAGGUACAUUUUCUGAAUGCGUGAAUGGGAAUUCCAGGUUUUUUCUUUAAACAGCCCUUUGUGCUUCCGUGUGUCUGGUCAUCAGUAUUAACUCUGGGAUACUACUGGCUGUGUGUCUUUCCCUGGGAGGCAACAGUACGCGUGAGGAGGUACACUCGUUGCAUUUUUGUUAACGUAUUUAUUUCAUUCCAGUUUGAUUUAUUUUAAUUGUUGAUACUUAAGUUGUCAGUAGACAAGCUUUAUUUAUGAUAUAUUUCAGCUUAAAGUUAUGUUAUUAUAUGUGGAUGUAAAUAUAGACUUGGUGUUUUACAGUUCC